ACCGCUUCUGGAAACCUUCCUCAACAUUAACAACUUGUAGAAAGAUAAACAUUCGCUACAAAUUUGUUACAAUAAAAAAGUUGCUUUCUAUCAGUCAAAAUCUGACAAAUUUCAACCGCCAUGUGCCAAAAAUUGUCAAAUUCUUACAGUGGUUUUUUAUCACGAUGCAUCGCCAUUUUCCGGAACCAGAAUACAAAAAAAUCCCGGCAGUGAAUAUAUACGAAUUUCGGGAAUUGACCCCUUUGGACACACUCGAAUUUCCGGAAUUGCCCAAAAACCGGAAAUGCACCAACAUGACAAUGCUCAUAAUUUUCAUAAUUUUUGUCGCCGGAUUGAUAGGACUCAUAUUUUCAAUAUCUCUGAAUAAAAAUCUGCACCGGUGGUGGUAUGGCUACGACAAUUGUGAAAAUUUAUGUGGUUUUAAAAAUGUUAGAAUUGCUUUUCGACAAGCAGACUGCCAACCCGAAGACUUUAGGGAUUUUCCAGUAGUACUUUACGGGAAUUUGUCUACAAAGUGUGUCAAAUUGGCCGACUGCAAACCCUCCGAAUUUAACUUAUUUUUUGGGAGAUGUUUCCCAAAGCAUUCACUAGAUGAAGAAACUGAACGUGUACAAAAAUACUUCGAAAUAAUUGGAAACACUUGGAAGGCGAGAUUUGCUAUAAUGAUCAUGGUUUUCGCAGCACUUGGUCUAAUCCUCCUGAUUUAUGUUUUCUUUCGGAUAAACGCAAAAUGCACCUUCAUGGCUCUUAUCAUACUAAUGACUUCCUUAUCUGCAAUCAUCACAAUUGGUUUCUGGAGUACUUAUUUUUUGAGACAAGGUCGUCCGUAUUUAAUACCAAGUAUUGUGAGCUUGAUACAUUUGAUAUUUUUUCUAAUUCUGUUUCAUUUUCUUCGAAAACACUUUUCCUUAAUGGUUCGCAUGUACAAAGAAACUGUAAAAAUAAUUUUUGUAGCCCCGAUUACUCUUUUUCAACCAUUAAUAACAAUUUUGUUUAUCUUCAUCCUCGAUGCAAUAAUUAUCUAUUUGUUGUUGCUUCUGUACGCAGUGGAGGGAAAAAUUACUUACAGUCUUGAAUUAAAAGUUUUAAACACUUUAUUCAUAAUCGUGGUGAUGUAUUGGUUAUUUGCUUUUGCCAAUGGGUGUCAAUGUUUGAUUGUUAGUGGUGUGAUUCAAGCGUAUUUUUUUGCAAGAAGCAAAUCAACAUUGUGUUGUCCAUACUUUUUUUCUCUAUGGGUGGCGUUGCAUUACCAUCUUGGAACCAUCGCUGCUGGUUCUCUGGUGAUAACAAUUUUGCGCAUUUUGAAACCACUAACUGAAGGCUUGGAAAAAGAACAACAUAGUGGUUUUUGUGGCGUUAUGGGGACUUGUUGCGAGUGGUUAAGAGAAAUGAGUGAAUAUUUUACCCGAAAAGCAUACAUCAUGACGGCUCUUCAUGGACGAGGAAUCUACACAUCGGGCCGACGAGCUGUUAGACUACUUUGGCUCUUUCUUUGUGAUACAAUAAUCGUGGAUCAAUUUGCUUGUGUUUUUAUGCACGCCUUGUCCUUUUUUAUUAUGUUAUGUGGCUUGGUUUUGGGUCUUGUAAUCAUAAUGCCCUUGAAGAUAAAAUACAUCUACGUUCCGGUUGUUUUAGGUGUGUGUUUGGCCGGAACUGUGACGUUUUUUUACGUUUCUGUUAUGAAUGUCGCAAUCGAAACUUUAUUUUUGUGUUUCUGUGAAGACAGAUUCCUCAAUACGGGAUUGAGAGAUAAUCCUUAUUUUAUGACAGCGGAAUUUUUUACUCUUAUGAUAGAUGCUCUGGAAAUGGCUUACGGAGGAGAACUUCGGUAUAGGACAUACAGUGAUGAAUGAUUGUAAUUACAAAAUCUUAAAUAAAUAAUCAACAAACUUGGUGUUUUUUUUGUUUCCAUGGAAUAUUUUUUAAAUGUGUCAAAAUAAAUUUUAAAGUUAAAAAUUCAAGUUUUCA